AUGGCGCUGCAGGCGGUAACGUUUCCGAUAAUGACGAUAGUCAAGAACCACUUGAUCGUCAACUGCGUCUUCGUCUUUAUAGCCCUCUUCGUAGUUGGCCUUCGACUAUUUGCCCGGUUCAUGUCUGGCGCAAAGCUUUGGUGGGAUGAUUAUUUGAUCCUCUUUUCGGUGCCCCAGGGCAUUGGGAUGCUCGUUAUUCAAGGACUUUAUGCGCCUAUGGGGGUUGGCCGUCCUAUCACCGAGACGUUACCGAAUCUUGUCAUCAUCUUGCAACUGACGCUCUCGUAUGCGCUGAUAUACACAUUGUGUAUUAGCACCGUGAAACUCAGCGUUCUCUUUUUCUAUCUCCGAGUUUUCCCAAACAAGCAUAUGCGAAUUGCAACAAAGACUGUGAUUGCAUUCAUCUCCGUGUGGGCAUUGGCCAACAUUCUCAUGUUUCUCCUGCUCUGUCAUCCUUUUGCGGCGAGUUAUAAUCCUGCCAUUCCAGGAGGCAAAUGCGGAAAUCAAGUCUCGGCAUUCAUUGCGGUCGGCGUCUACAAUAUCAUUAGCGACUUUGUUGUUCUCACCCUUCCACUGCGCACGAUCUGGACGUUGAACACGAAAAAGCAGAUGAAGCUGUCGCUAUCGGCGAUUUUCUUGAUUGGCCUAUUGGUGUCCGCCGUCGCCGUCGCCCGAAUUAUCACAUUGACACACCUGGAACUGGCGAAUAUAACAGGCACCAUGGUGUGGGUGGACUUCCUUUCGACGCUCGAAGUCAACCUUGGUAUCAUCUGCGUGUCAUUGCCCAUGCUGGGCCCCCUUAUUGCGAGAUGGAACAAAACGCGAGGCGCAAGCAAGUUAGGCAAUUAUAACCAGUCUGAGCGAUCAGGGCAGUCAGGCUCGAAGCUUUCCAGCCGGAAAAAACAACCAGGUCCCGACACAAUCGCCUUGCACUCAAUAUAUGACCAUGGCGAAGAUACAAACCAUGCCGCAACAGUGUUCGCCCCAGAGGAACAAAGUCCAAAUGCAAGCGAGACGAACCUAAGUCCUCAAAAAGCGUCUUCCGCCCUGGACCGCCCUGGAGCAAACCGUAUUGUCGUCGAAAGCAGGUGGGAGAUUAAGCGCUCUUGA